AUGUUCCCUACUGGAGGGCGCGCAUAUCUUCUGAGAUGGCCGAAGGGAUUAAAACUUUGCAAUCCCUAUACUCGCGUUCGGGGAGGUCGUUUUCCGACGGCCCUUCUUCAAACGCAGCGGGCGGGUCUCGUCAUAUUGCUUGAUGAGACCCAGGACAUCAACAAUCAGCCGGGCACGAGACUCCCAGCUGUCCCAAGCCGGUGGAUAGCCACGCCAGCGGACGAGGUACUCGUCCGGACGCCAUUCACGUUGCGGUGGUUCAAAUACGCUCCACCAGAAAUCGUUGACCACCGCUUGGGUCCACCAAAGGAUGUGGUAGCGGUGGGAACACCUGAUCCGGCCCGAGGGUCGGAUCAGCUUGAUGUUCAGGAGCUGAACCGUGUAACCGAUAAGUUACACAUUGACGUGGCUCGUGAACGAAAUAUGCGUUAUGAGCUCCAUGACCUUGUGAAGGAUAAUUACAAUUCCUUAGCACACGAACGUUCGGUUCGUUCUCUUCGUGACGAGCUGACUGCAGCUCGUCAGGACAUCGCUCAACUGCGUGAACAGGUCGCUUCGCUAGUCGACCAGCCUGGCUUGUCAAAACGGGACCACACGAGGAUAAUCUCAGCCCUUGACCGCGGGGGUGUUCUCCGCCUCUCGAAACGGUCUCGUACUGAUAGUACGGGCGGAGACGUCCAACGUAAAACGUAG